UUCCCUCAGUGCUGUCUCGCCUUGUGCGGAGGCUUCUGAGGUGUGAACACAUCCUGUUUACAUCUGCCACCGAAACGGAGAUGCUGAGGAGAGCACAAGACUGAGGAGCUCAGGGAGAGCUGCUCACUCUGGGAGACGGCUCCAUCAUGGACACGCUGCCCAUCUACCAUGGGGGCAUCACCCGUGAGGCUGGGGAGAAACUGCUGCUGGCAGCAGGCACUGAUGGCAGCUACCUGCUGCGGGACAGCGAGAGCAUCCCGGGAGUCUACUGCCUGUGUGUGCUGCAUCAGGGUUACGUUUAUACCUACAGAGUGUCCAGGACAGAAACUGGAUCCUGGAGUGCUGAGACAGCACCUGGGGUCCACCGGAGGCUCUUUCGGAAAGUGCACAACCUCAUUUCAGCUUUCCAGAAACCUGACCAAGGCAUCAUAACACCCCUGCAGCACCCAGUCAUCAACCACACCAAAGCCAAAUACUCCCCAGGCAGAAAUGAAGGCCGUGACUUCUCCAUGCAGCCAUAAUGAUGACAUUCCUGAAGUGAACCAUAACCGUGUCUUCCAAUGUCUCCUUUAGUUCAUGCUCUAGACCAGAACAACUUGUAUGAUAGUUAAAAUAACUCCAUGAGUUCUCUUGUAACAUUUGCAGAAAUGUGUAUUUCAUAGAAUUUCUAGCUCAAAAUUGAGAAACUUUAAGUUUCAGCAUGUUUUGAAUUAGGAGUGUUUUUUGUUUGUUUGUUUGGUCUGAGAAGAUUAAAAACCCACCAAUCUUUAAAUAGUGUAAUGCCUUCCCUCCCCCUCUUUGUACUCUCAAGCACAAUAUA